GAGAGCCCCUCAAUGGGCAGGCGAGAACGCAACGCGGGGUCGCCUCCUCCCAGCUAGGCAGGCUGGGUUAGGACGCGUCCCUGGAGCUGGGGGCGGGGCGGACCGCGGGCCACCUGAGUCCUGUCGCGGUUGGACGUGGCUUGCGGGGCUCAGUUCACUCAGCUCCGGUAGCUCUGGCGGAGUCUGCGCGAUGGGCGACCCGGAAAGGCCGGAAGCUGCCAGGCCCGAGCUGGAUGAGAGGUUAUCUUCAGAUACCAACGAAAACGAAGUGAUGUCAAAUGAAGAGCCACUACUGAAAAAGAGUUCUCGCCGAUUUGUCAUCUUUCCAAUCCAGUACCCCGAUAUUUGGAAAAUGUAUAAACAGGCACAAGCAUCCUUCUGGACAGCAGAAGAGGUUGACUUAUCAAAGGAUCUCCCUCACUGGAACAAGCUUAAAUCAGAUGAGAAGUAUUUUAUCUCUCACAUCUUAGCCUUUUUCGCAGCCAGUGAUGGAAUUGUAAAUGAAAAUUUGGUGGAGCGCUUUAGUCAGGAGGUGCAGGUUCCAGAGGCUCGUUGUUUCUAUGGCUUUCAAAUUCUCAUCGAGAAUGUUCACUCAGAGAUGUACAGUUUGCUAAUAGACACUUACAUCAGAGAUCCCAAGAAAAGGGAAUUUUUAUUUAAUGCAAUUGAAACAAUGCCAUGCAUUAAGAAAAAAGCAGAUUGGGCCUUGCGAUGGAUAGCAGAUAGAAAAGCUACUUUUGGGGAAAGAGUGGUGGCCUUUGCUGCUGUAGAAGGAAUUUUCUUCUCGGGAUCUUUUGCUGCUAUAUUCUGGCUAAAGAAGAGAGGUCUUAUGCCUGGACUCACUUUUUCCAAUGAACUCAUCAGCAGAGAUGAAGGACUUCACUGUGACUUUGCUUGCCUGAUGUUUCAGUACUUAGUAAAUAAGCCUUCAGAAGAAAGGGUCAGGGAGAUCAUUGUUGAGGCUGUCAAAAUUGAGCAGGAGUUUUUAACAGAAGCUUUGCCAGUUGGGCUCAUUGGAAUGAAUUGCAUUUUGAUGAAACAGUACAUUGAGUUUGUAGCUGACAGAUUACUUGUGGAACUUGGAUUCUCAAAGGUUUUCCAGGCAGAAAAUCCCUUUGAUUUUAUGGAAAACAUUUCUUUGCAAGGAAAAACAAAUUUCUUUGAGAAACGAGUUUCAGAGUACCAGCGUUUUGCGGUUAUGGCAGAAACCACAGAUAAUGUCUUCACCUUGGAUGCAGAUUUUUAAAAACCUCUCGUUUUAUUUUUUUUUUUGACUAAUAAUAUUUAAUUUGAUAAGUACAAUACUUAUUUAAUAUGUACUACAACAUACCAGGUAUAUUGUAGUACAAAAUAAAAAUGAAUAAAGUUUCCUUGUUUGGAGCAGGAAAGGGAAUUAACAGAAUACUUGUAUAUAAAAUGAUUUGAGGUGGCUUACAAGAUGAACAUAUUAGAGAAAAGGAAAUUUGGUGAUAGAAACUAAACAAAGCAUCUUAACCAAACCAAGGGGGUGGAUACCAGUGAAGGUUAGCUAAUUACUACAAUUGAUUCUGCUUUUUCUGUAGCAUAGGAAAAACCUCCCGUUUUAAAACCCUGUGAACUUGGCAUUGGUAAAUAACACUCCAUUUUUCUUUUUUUAACUUACAGUAUAUCCUUUAAGGGAAUGGUGGUUUGAUCAAAGGCAAUCCAAAAACCAAAUUCCAAUCAAUUUGGAUUUAUAUAGUUUUCCUGUUUAACAACAAGAAUGUAACCUAAAUCCUUUUGUUUUGUCACUGGAAUAUAAGAUGGCAUUAUGUAGUGGUUAAAAACAUAGGGUGAGGAGUCAGAUAUGAGUUCAAGGUUCUGCCCUUACUCUUUUGUGUGACCCUUGGCAAGGCAGUUGAUCUCUGUAAACCUUAGUGCACUUAUCUUUAAAAUGGGAGUAAUAGUAGGUCCUAAAUUCAUACAUAUGAGGAUUAAAAUGCAAAAAUAAGUGCUUAGCCAAUACUA